ACGUGAUGUUUGAACAAGAAUGGCGGUGUUACUAGAAACAACACUGGGAGAUAUCGUGAUUGAUCUGUAUACGGAGGAGAGACCUAAAGCCUCCUUGAACUUCCUCAAGUUAUGUAAAAUCAAAUACUACAAUUAUUGUCUCGUUCAUAAUGUUCAGAGAGAUUUCAUUUUACAGACAGGGGACCCCACGGGUUCUGGUCGUGGAGGAGAGUCAGUGUUCUGUAAACUAUAUGGGGACCAGGCACGCUUCUUUGAUGCUGAGAAAGUGCCCAGAAUCAAACACAAAAAGAAAGGGACUGUUUCCAUGGUGAACAAUGGCAGUGACCAGCAUGGAUCUCAGUUUCUGAUAACCACAGGGGAGAACCUGGACUACUUGGAUGGGGUUCACACUGUUUUCGGGGAGGUGACAGAGGGCAUGGAUGUCCUUGCCAAAAUCAACGAGACUUUCGUGGACAAGGACUACGUUCCUUUCCAAGACAUCAGGAUAAAUCAUACUGUGAUUCUGGAUGAUCCUUUUGACGACCCUCCAGAUCUGCCUGUUCCUGACCGCUCACCUGAGCCAACCAAGGAGCAGCUGGAUAGCGGUCGUAUUGGAGCGGAUGAAGUGAUCGACGACACAGAAGGGAAGAAGACGGAGGAGAUGGAGGAGAUGCUGAAGGAGAAGGAUGCGAAGACUCAGGCCAUUCUCCUGGAGAUGGUUGGUGACCUGCCAGAUGCGGACAUUAGGCCUCCGGAGAACGUGCUGUUUGUGUGUAAGCUGAAUCCAGUCACCACUGACGAGGAUCUGGAGAUCAUUUUCUCCCGCUUUGGUUCCAUUAAAUGUUGUGAAAUCAUCAGAGAUUGGAAAACUGGAGAGUCUCUGUGUUAUGCCUUUAUAGAGUUUGAAAAGGUGGAAGACUGUGAGAAGGCAUUCUUUAAAAUGGACAAUGUUCUGAUCGAUGACAGACGCAUACAUGUCGACUUCAGCCAGUCUGUGGCAAAGAUCAAGUGGAAAGGCAAAGGAGGGAAGUACACAAAGGAUGACUUCAAAGCUUACGAGAAAGAUCAGGAGAAUAAGGCUAAACUGGCUCUGAAAGAAAAAGUCAAGCCCAAACAAGACUCCAGGUACGACCUGCUGCUGGAUGAAGAGGAUGAAGGAGUUAGCCAUCGAAAUGCUGAGAAGAAACAGAAGGAAAAACGACAUCAUUACUCAGAUGACGAGGAUGGACGGAAGUCAAAGAAAUCAAAGGAUGGUGAUGACGGUCGGAGAGAGAAGAAAAUGGGCCGACAACGAUCUCGCUCCAGAGAUCGCGAACGUGAUAGAGAUCGAGAGCGGGAUCGGGAUCGGGAUCGAGACAGCCACCACAGCAAACACAGCAAGUCAUCACGUGACAAACAUCGAGACAGAGGUCACGGCAGAAGAGACAGGAGCCGAAGUCCGAGCCCAAAGAAAUCCAGAGACAAGGACCGUAGCCGACACCACUGACGCGACUCACCGAUGACACGUACAGCCACUGUAACCAUUCAUAAAGCCUUCAUAAACCUGAUAUAAGAACUGCCAGUAACAUCUGGUAGUAACUUAAUAAGCACUCAGAAGCAUUAGUGUUCAGAAGGGGUGUGCGAGUAUUUGUGUGUGUGUGUGUGUGGGGGUUUUUUUUUUUUUUCUUCUUCUUUUUUUUCUGACACGUGUCUCGUUGUACCUGGUCUGAGUAAUUUUGGUUUAAUGUGCUUUCAAGCUUAAACCAAACUCUCAGAGAAUUAUGUCACUUUCAUGAGGCUCUGUGAUUGGUUAGGUAUCACCAUGCUGGGUGUUAAUGAUUGGCUCAUGGCCUUCUGUGGCCCUCAUGUCACACACACACACACACACACACUCACCCAGUGUGUUGCAGUGACCCCUUCUGUGGAUCUCAAUCUGAACAGCAGUGUCAUGAGUGAAAACCUCAAAGGAGUGUUCUCUCUGCAGUAAAACAAAUAACAGAGAGAGGGAGAAAACUGCAUAAAGGGAUGAAGAUUAAGGAAUAUAAUCUGCUGGAUUUUAAACACUUCUUUGAAUUGGAUUUCUCAUGUUUAUCCCUCUGUGCUUUUUAAAGUAAAAUUUCCCCCAAUCUGAAUGUGAAAACCAUGUUGAAUUUUUG